CCGGCUGCCAAGACGGUGGCUAGCAGGGGGCUGUGCACAGCGAUUACGACUCUCCACUGUUCGCCGUCGUCGCCAUCGUUUUGCUCAGUAAUAGCCCUUUUGCCUCUUUGCUAGUGUUUCUCUAUACUCCAUCGUCCUUUUUUCCCUACCCAUGUCUCUCGCUGCGUUAUCUUGAUAUCCGCCCUGCUCCUCUUUGUUGUUUUUUACACCUUUUCUGCGCCCCCCUCGCCCAUCUCCUGAACGGAGAGCACCGCCACUCGAGCGAGAAUGCGCCUCUUUGGCAGUCUCCAGACUGCCCUCGUCAUUGGCCUCGCCACUGUCGCUUCUGCUGCCUCACGCGCCCGCGAGCCGCUGCAGAGAAUUGCCCUCGUCAAGAAUGCCGACAUCCUCACACAGACACAUCGAGUGACCGCCGUGUCCUCCUUCGACCUUGCCUUUGACGUGUCGGGCCAGCGCAUCCGCCUGAGUCUUGAGCCUAACCACGACCUGUUUGUGGACGGCGGACGCAUAACACAUCUCAACGCAGAUGGAUCAAUAGCAAGAUCCGAACCGAUUGACCGGUUGCAACACAAAGUUUACAAGGGCAAGGCGUGGCUAAAGAGGGGUAACCGAUGGGACAAUGUCGGAUGGGCGCGCAUUGGCUUGCGCGAGGACGGUCUGGAACCGCUGUUCGAAGGCACUUUUUCUAUUAACCACGACCACCACCAUGUCAAGAUGGCUUCGAGCUACAAGGCUACGCGUAUGGCCGAGGAUCCCGAUGUCGAUUUGCGUCCCAAAGAGUUCAUGGUCGUGUUCCGCGACUCGGACAUGGGAAAGGGCAGGAAUUCUGAUGAAAACAUGGAACUCAAGAAAAGAUCAAAAGAAGUUGGGUGUCCGUCCGACGACCUCAUUUUUAACACGCAGGAACACCACCCCGUCUUUGCUAGUAUGCGCGCGCGAGACGAGUCAUCGGCCAUGUCGCCGUCUCUCAUCACUACCAUGUUCAAGCGACAGGAUGACCUACAGCCCGGAGGCAAUGGUGCGGGUGUUGAUCUCUCGUCCACCAUUGGCAAGACUGCCGGCUGUCCCAGUACUCGCAAGGUUGCGCUUGUCGGUGUAGCUGCCGACUGCACCUAUGUGACGUCUUUUAACGGAGACAAGAACAAGACGCAAGCCAACAUCAUCGCCGCAAUGAACUCUGCUUCUGAGGUUUUUGAAAGCUCCUUUAACAUUUCACUUGGUGUCGCCAAUCUCCUCAUCACGGAGCCGGAUUGCCCGACACAGCAACAACAAGCCACACCCUGGAACCAGGCCUGCAGUAGCAGCAUCACGAUUCAAGAUCGUUUGAACCAGUUCUCCAAGUGGAGAGGACAGCAAAGUGACAGCUACUCCCACUGGACUCUUCUGUCAACCUGCAACACUGGAUCUGCCGUCGGACUCGCCUGGCUUGGACAAGCUUGCACAGCAGGCUCUCAAGACAACACUGGACAAGCUGGCGAGACGGUUGCCGGUGCCAACGUAGUCAUCAGGACCGACAACGAAUGGGAAGUCAUUGCCCACGAAACAGGCCAUACCUAUGGUGCCGUACACGACUGCACAUCACAAACAUGUGCCAACAAAGACGUUGUCAAUGCGCAACAAUGUUGUCCCUUUACUCAGAGCUCUUGCGACGCAAAUGGUGGUUUCAUCAUGAAUCCCUCGACAAAGGAUGGCAUCUCACGCUUCUCCCCUUGCACUAUUGGCAAUAUUUGCUCAGCGCUUGGACGUAAUAGCGUCAAAUCUCAAUGUCUCACCAAUAACCGCGAUGUCACCCUGCUAUCUGGACCAACCUGCGGCAAUGGUAUUGUCGAAGGCGACGAGGAGUGUGAUUGCGGUGGCGUUUCAGGCUGCAAGGACAAUGCUUGCUGCAACCCGCAAACCUGCAAGUUCAUCAACAAUGCUGUAUGCGAUGAUUCCAACGAAGACUGCUGCCGCAACUGCCAGUUCGCCUCAGCCAGCACAGUCUGCCGCAGUUCAGUCGGCACGUGCGAUCCCGAGGAGACCUGCACUGGAAAUUCACCGUACUGCCCCGAGGACAAGACCAAGCCCGAUGGUACCGACUGCGGCAAUAGUCUCACCUGUGCCUCUGGUCAAUGCACAAGCAGAGACAUGCAGUGCAAGACUAUCAUGGGAAGCUACACCCAAGGAAAUGAUACCUAUGCUUGCGACAACAGCAACUGCAUGCUCAGCUGUGCAAGCCCAGAGUUUGGUGCCAGAUGUUAUGGACUACAACAAAACUUCCUGGAUGGCACUAGCUGUACAGGAGGAGGCACAUGUCAAAACGGUGUUUGCCAAGGCGGCUCUGUCGGCAAAGAAAUCACCACCUGGAUCCAACGCAAUCUCUCCCUCGUGAUUGGUAUUGCUGCAGGAGUUGGUGGUGCUCUUCUCCUAUGUAUUUUCUGCUGUUGCUUGCGCUCCUACCGCCGCCGAUCAAGACUCAAGAAGUACGCCGCUGCUCGACCACCCCCAAUGCCUUACCAGAGCAGCCAGAGCAGAAGGCACAGGAACGACCCCAUGGGCCAACCACAAAUGACUCAAUACAACAACAAUCACAACCAAUAUCCACCAAGUGGACCGCAACAAGGUCAUUGGACACCAAAUGGGAAUGCACCCAACGGGGAUGUUCCGAUGCCACCGCCAGUACAUCGAAGCAGUGUGCGCUAUGCAUAGACGCUUCUAAUACCGAAGCACUGUUUUAUUUUAUUCUUUUACAUUUCUUUGCAUCUAACGACAAAUAUCUACGGUCAUUUAAAACCAGCGGGUAUAUAAGCUGGGUUGGGAAUUUCAGCAAGCAUCAUUAUCGGCGUUUCUUUUGUCUCAGGCAACUUUUACAGGGGCGGUACACCCCCAAUUGGUUUUAGGGUUUGAUUACAGGGAGAAAGGAAGAGUGAAGAAGAGGGCGGAUUUUGCAUAUAAGAGGUCAUAUAUAGCCAAAUGUUGAUAUUGAGGACUUUGUGUAAAUGCAUACACUUACUGUUUGAGAGCGC